CCUCAUUCCCCAGAUUAAUUUAUCUUUUCUGUCCAGUAACAUUUUUCAGAUCAGGGUAAUGAUGACGUCAUUAAACAAAACCCGCAAAGCUAUGCGGGAAGGCACAAAUUUCCCUUAGCAACCAAAACAUGGCCGUCAUGGCAACGACACAAAAUCCUAAUUAAUUUCAACGCGUUAACACGGCUUUAGCUGUAGUUUCUGGCCGCGGAUCUUUACGAUAAAGCAAUCAGACAUUUUCUCCAUUUGCAGGCAUGUUUGGGUCGUAUUAUAACGUCGAAUCUAGGACAAAGUCCAAAUCUACAUAGCAUUUUAUCGCGAAAUAGUUUCAUAGUUGGAGCCAGUUUGGUCUGGUCCUUAUCUGAAUUCAAGCAAGAACGCCUCUACAUUGUCGAUCUUGGGAAAGAAAUAUGAGUCACGCCGAACCAGGGUAUGUAGUAGCUUAAAAUUCCUCGAAAUACCUUUACGAGUGAAUUUAUAGAUGAUUUUUAUCGUCAACAUUUUGACAAGAUCUUGAAAUGUUUAAUCUAUAAAUUGCGCGUAUCGAGUUUGCUUGUUUAAUAUUUGAAUUUCCGAUUGCAAUUUUGAUCUAUUAUAGUAGUGCUAUGAAAGGUGUCUCUAUGUUACAAGGAUUUUUGUGUAAUAAUUCUAUGUGCAUUCUAUAGCAAAGUAUUUAAGCGUUUGACAAAAAUAACAAUUUGUAUUGCUGUAAUUUUAUUAAAACCGAUGUAAAAUGUAAACAUGACAAGUUUCAAUUGGUAUAAUUUAUACAGAAUAAAAAUGUUUUUUGUCAAACGCUUUAGUAUUCUUUGCCACAUUGCACAUAUAAUUAUACACAGGCUACAAUAUAUUUAUAAGUUAGCAACUGAUUUGAAGGAAUAUUUUUAGGAAAUAUCGGAUGUUGUGUGCGGCCCAAUAUUUGAAAAUUUUAUAGUAGUAAAUAUCUAUAGUAAACAUCAAAACCGAACUGUAUUUGCCAGUGUGGAAAGUUUAGAUCGUGGAACCGAGACUUGCAAUUUUGAUGCUUCCUAUAUAUUUACUAUUAAAUUUUCGAAAUAUCAGGUGCACACACAAUUUCCAAACUUUCCAAUCAGGUCCACUUGAGAUCUUAGUUGUGUGAUGCAAACAUAUGUCACAAUGGCAAAUUUGUUUUUGUGCAAAUCAUCCUUACUUGCAGCUGAUAGCUAAGAAAUUUUGAUAUAGACAAGAACAAAACCAUUACCAUAUCUGGAAAGAGCAUCUUAAAUUGAGUAAAAUUGCAAAGUUUGGUUGUGACCUUUUGUAAAAUGAGGAAAAUAUAGUCCUGUGAAGUUCGCAAAUUUUGUAUACAUUUGCAUUACACCUGGGAAAAAUAACCAUUUUUGAGCCGAAAGUGAUUAUUUUUACUGUACGUAAUACAAAUAUAUACAAAAUUUGCGAACUUCACAGGGCUAUAUUUUCUUUAUCUUACAACAUUUAGCAACCAAUCUUUGCAGUUUUACUCAUUCUAAGACGCUCUUUCUAGCUGUGGUGUUGGAUUUCAUUCUUCUUGCCUUGAUCAAAAUUUUGUCUAUAGCUCGAAUCACCCAUUACGAAGGACGCAGCUCAACCUGAUCGAGUGGAAGGCUUUCUAAGGGCGCGUCUGAUAGCCAUGUUACAACUCAUGUCUGAUCGCACAGCUACGGUGGAAGGGUCAGUUAGGGCGGGGCUAAUUCCAACCCACCCUGUCAACAUUCCCUGUGGGAGGAAACGAGAGCACUCGAAGAAAACCCACGACUUUCGGUACCGUAGAGCAUUGACGGACACUUUUCACAAGUUGUCAUGUGUCUCAGUGACAGCGAGAAUGGACCAUUUGCAUUAUAGACUAAAUUUUGAUCUAGACAAAAAUUUCAUCACCGCUUGAAAGAGCAUCACAAAAUUAGUAAUAUUCCAAAGUUUCGUUGCGAAAUGUUGUAAAAUGCGGAUAAUAUAGCCAGUUGCGAAGUUUGCCGUUUUUCAGUCAUUUUGUAUUACGCAUGGGAAAUUGACAGCCCAAUCGGGUGUUGGGGCAUCAAUUUCCAAUUUCGCAACGAAACUUACUGGAAUAUUACUAAUUUUGUGAUGCUCUUUCAAGCUGUGAUGAAAUUUUUGUCUAGAUCAAAAUUUAGUCUAUAAUGCAAAUGGUCCAUUGAACCCAUGAUCUCAGUGGUAAACGGCACUUACAAGUUCUGACGUCUGUCGCACAUGUGAGCAAAAAUAAUUAUAAAAUUAUUUUUAAAGGAACAAUUUUUGCUUUGCAUUUACAAAUUGAUUCAUCCACGUUGCAAUGCUUUGCAAAAUAUUGGGGGCAAAGUUUUGGUCUCCAACACAUUCGAACCCUUUGGUCUCAAACUCUGGUUAAUAUCUCAAUAUAAAAAGAUAUCAGGCUUUUCAUCUCUGGAAAACCUUGUUCAAGCUAGCAAUGUUGACAUAUGGUAUCUUGAAACGAUUUUUUGCAUCUAACACUCGAUAUAUUGCUAAUUGUAGAAGCGUUAAUUGUACAUGCAAAUGUUGAGUGUGAAUUUUAUACAUUCAACAACUGGCUCAGUUUGGCAACUUAGCUCAACAACUGGCCUCUGUAGCUCAGUUGGUUAGAGCACUGCACCAGAAUUACAGGGCUGCAUGUUCCAUUCCUGCCAGGGACCUAAACUGCUUACAAAUCCUUCUGGAUACAGUAGUACGUAUCUUGAAAGCAUUUUCAUUUAUUUUUACAGUCCAUCUGCUGUUAAUUAUACCUGUCUUUAAACUUUAAGGUUUUUUAAUAAAUGUUAAUUCUUAAAAGCCAAAACAAAUAUCUGUAUUUGCUUAACUAAGCCAGAGGAUAUUAAAAACUGCGGACAAUAGGGGCAGAAUUACAAUUUUAUUAUAUCUAAUAGUUUAGCUGUCACUAUGCUUAAUGUCAUAAACAUAACAAGUAGCUUUUUUGUGCAAAACAAAAUUGAAGUCACUAUACAACUAUAAUACUCGAAAUUCUACCAAGUUACAUGUGAGCCGUAAGAGAACAAACUAUCGCAAAUACACUGUAUUUAACAAAGGAGUUUCUAUAUGGAAUUGCCUUGAUGAAGAAAUUAAAAAUAUUAAAUCAUAUUUUUCUUUUAAGAAAACUGCAAAAUCCUAUUACUUGAUGUCUAGUUGAUGUAAAUAUUUCAGGAAUAUUAAUGACAGUAUUCUGUAAUGUACUAAAUAUUCCUUAAACAUUUUCCAUAUAAAUACUUUGUGUUUUUCAUUGCAAAUUGUCCUUAUGUACAUAAUCUAUUUUUAUAUUACUGAACACUAAAACUAUAGGGGCCUCGUCUUAAAAGUCCAACAGGAUUUCCAGAAGUCUCUAGCCCGUUUAUAUAUUCUUAAAUAUUCAACUUGUAAAUAUUACUUGUGGGUAAAUAAAACUACUGUACAAGUCCAAUGUGGUCUACAAUAAGCUGCCAUGGAUUGUGUGUGAACUACCUGAAAAAGAUCUCAAACGUGGUGAUCCAGUGUAGGUAGUAUUCUUCAACAAGCUGCCGUGGUUUGUGUGUGUGAACUAAACCUGUAAAAGCGUGAAAAAAGAAAAACGAUAAAGAGUCUUUUCCAAUUUAAGUGCACGAAAUAUAUUUCCAUAAUUCUACUUAAUUCAGAACAUUCUCAGAGAUAUAACAAACUUGUUUCACAGACACAGCAAAUAUUUCUGAUGACGUUUCUGAGAUCCUUUAAUAAGCUGCCAUGGUUAUGAAAUCUGUCCGAAUAUAGACAAUCCAGGAGACAUCUUCCCACUUCCGACACAUGUUGAGUAUAUAGGCACUUUGGUCUAAGACUGAGUAGUUUUUUGUAGAAUACUACCUACACUGGACCACCACGUUUGAGAUAUCUUUUUCAGGUAGUUCACACACAAACCACGACAGCUUAUUGUAGAAUACUACCUACACUGGACCACCACGUUUGCGAUAUUUUUUUCAGGUAGUUCACACACAAACCACAACAGCUUAUUGUAGAAUACUAUACCAACACUGGACCACGUUUGAGAUAUCUUUUUCAAACUUGUAUAGUUCAGACACACACCGCGAAAGCUUAUUGAAUAUUGUUGUAUACUACCUAUACUGGACCACUACGUUUAAGAUAUCUUUUUCAGGUAGUUCAGCGUAUACUAGUUAAAAAAAAUGCUUCAAUAUCAGGCACUUAUGCGGUGCCGCUAUUCUGCUCUACUUGAGUUAUGGCGGCAGCUUCACUAUACAUGCAGUAAAUAUUGUUCUAAGUGUUUCAAAAUAACACAUCAAGUGUUUUCUUUUAAUUAACUCUGCUUUAACGAAGCAAAUCUCCAAUGCAAAAGGAUAAUAUUUAUCUCAUACGCAAAAUUCACACAAGUAGAAAACUGACAAAAGACAAUGACGACGUUUACCAAGAUUUAUCAAUUUUCAAAAGUUAACAAAACCGUCUAUGGAAAUUUUUAAAGCUAUGCAAACCAAACGACUCAACAUGUUAUAAGCGAUACCAAAGGACGGGUCAUCAUGGAGGGGGGUGGCACCGAAGAGAAAAGGGUUGGGUAAACAAAAUAUUUUUGUGUAAAAGGUUGGGUAAAUGAAGGGGAAAAAAACAACUCAAGGGUUGGGUAAUAAAAACUUAUUGUCAUUUCCAAAGUAUGACUCAUGAUAUUGAAGACUAACAAGCAAUGUCAACAGUCAUAUGUCAGUACUAUAUGUAAAUCAAUCAAUCAAUCAGAGUCACUAUCUUGAUCAUUUCCUGAUUUGUCAGGAGGCAAAAUGGUGUCUCCAAAGAAAGUACAUGUGCAGACAACAUGAAACUUUAGACUGCAGAAAAUUUCACAAGCAGUCAUCAAACUCAUGUCACAGAAGUGGUAAAGGACAUCUGUGACUACUGAAUGGUAUCCUUUUGUAACGUCUUUGGCCAGGGGUGGGUAUUUGGCUUUUUAAUGUUUGUAUCAGCAAAAUUUUUACCAAGAAAACAUCUCUCCACGGUGCCACCCCCCCCCCACCCACCCACCCCCCCUCAUAUAUAAUGACCGCUCCCUAAAUAUCUGCAAAAAUUAAAUCAGAAUCAAAGUUUUCUGUCAGUGAAAUAUUGAUGAAUUUAUCAUGCUGUGCAGGAUUGUUAUAAAUGAUCGUAUUAUUCUUAAGUAUAAUCGAUUUGGGGGGGAUGAAAAAAAUCCUCAAUUAAUAGGGAGCAACUGUAGCUUAACCAGGGGCGGGGAUGUAGCUUUAAGGUCCAGACGCAUCGGACGCGAUUCGACAACGCGACGCGAUUUUUUAGCUUUUCAAAGUGAACUCACAGCCAAUGACAGCAAAUUUUGAAAGAUAUGUAGACCAAAUAACUCGAAAUGUUAUAGCGCUUCUAAAUAUUUGGAAAAUUUAAACCAGGAUCAUUUGAAGUUAUCGGUCAGUGAAAAUCGAAAAAUUGCCUAGCAUUCCCGAAUCGUGUCCAGACUUUUAAUCUGCAAAGAUGGGUGCAGGUUUUCCAUGGGGUGGUGCAUGAGGGAGCCUUACUGCCCACACUCCUCUGCACUUUUCACUGCAGUCUGCAAUGCUCUGCUAUCCCAACAUUACCAUUAUUUGGUGGGUGCAUUUCAAAUUUCGCUUUAAUUAACUAAAUGAACCGGAAUUGUGGCGUCAGCAGUAAUUUUGAUAUUUUUCCUUUUUCCCUUGCAGUCCCCUGGCGUCGUACAACAGUCUGCAAGAUCCUCACUUGGGAGGAUUCUUUGCCAACACCAGAAUGAAGAAACAUCUUAAGAAGUCUGGAUUGGUUAGUAAGAUGUACUAUUAACUGUACAUGUCAUAUCCGUAUAAAAUCGUCCUAGCUGUCCUGGCUCAAAAUUCGACUCUGCAUGAGAUUGUCUCAGUUCAUAUGAUAUCAAAAUUACUUUCUUUUAGCUUUAUUCUGUGGUUUACACUGUUAGCAACCUUUUUAAGAGGCAAUUUUUUUCUAUGUCACGUAUUUGCAAUGAAAAGUGUUUUUGGCGUUAAAAUCGUUUUUGGCGUUCCUCUCAAAAUUACUUUGUUUUAGCUUUAUUCUCUAGUUUAUAGAGUUAGCAACCUUUUUAAAUGCAUCUGCCGGUUGAGAAACAUAACAUAAUAGUUAAAAAUUGUCAAUUAAAAUACAAUUAGCAAUGUCCAAUGAUGCUUUAAAAUUGACGCCAUAUUUACAGCCAUAUAAGCAAAACUUACUGAACUUCAGACAUCAUUUUCUCUUUGGCGUAUCAUCUAAAUUCUCUUCAUUUUUGCAAUAUUUUACAGAUAAAGCACUAAACAUACGUAUCGAAAAAUAAAAAUUUUGAAUUUAGUCAUAACCUCAAGUGAUAUAUUAUACGCAUUAGUUUUGAGCGCGUGUUACGUAACAUACAAAAAAACUCCUCUUAAAUGUAUCUGGCGGUUGAGAAACAAAUAAUAGUUAAAUAUUGUCAAUUUAAAUACAAUUAUCAUUGAUGCUGUAAAAUUGACGCCAUUUUUAUACAGCAAUAUAAGCAAAACUUACUGAACUUCAGACAUCAUUCUCUCUUUGGCGUAUCAUCUAAAAUCUCUUCAUUUUAGCAUAAUUUUACAGAUAAAGCACUAAACAUACUUUUUAAAUUUGUUUGCUGCUUAAGAAACGUUAGGUAUCAGAAAUUUAAAAAUUUAAAUAUAGUCAUAUCAAGUGGAAAAGAAUAUUCAUUAGUUUUGAGCGCGUGUUACAUAACAUACAAAAGAUUCUCCUCCGAAAUUGUGGCUCUUGUUGUUCGAACAGCGUUAUUUAAUACCCAUUUCAAAUGUUCUGUCACAGGUAACGAAGUCGGGCAAAAUUGUGAGUGAGAAAACGUAUCGAUUACAGAUGGCGAAAAAAGAACAUAAAGAUCACGUGAGAGACCUCCUCGCCACAGCCAUUGUUCACAAGGCCUUGGAUAUGGAGGUAUGGAUUAGGAUGUAUUUUGGAAGAUAUGCUGGAUUGAAAUUUUAUACCUUUAUAUUUAGACUUAACCAGAAACAGCCGUGAGAAAUGCAACUGUAUAGGCCCUCUGAUGAAAUUGAACCUUGGAUCAAUAAGGGAUGAUCCUUACUGGACCUCUAGGAAGAACAGUUUAGAACUGAUAGAACUAUCCAGUAUAAAUAAAGUUAGUUUAGUUUAGGUUUCCUCCUGUAGUAACACUGGAUCAAUAAGAGAUGAUCCUUACUGGACCUCUAGGAAGAACAGUUUAGAACUGAUACAGCUAUCCAGUAUAAAUAAAGUUAGUUUAGUUUAGGUUUCCUCCUGUAGUAACACUGGAUCAAUAAGAGAUGAUCCUUACUGGACCUCUAGGGAGAACAGUUUAGAACUGAUAGAGCUAUCCGGUAUAAAUAAAGUUAGUUUAGUUUAGGUUUCCUCCUGUAGUAACACUGGAUCAAUAAGAGAUGAUCCUUACUGGACCUCUAGGAAGAACAGUUCAGAACUGAUAGAGCUAUCCAGUAUAAAUAAAGUUAGUUUAGUUUAGGUUUCUUCCUGUAGUAACACUGGAUCAAUAAGAGAUGAUCCUUACUGGACCUCUAGGGAGAACAGUUUAGAACUGAUAGAGCUAUCCGGUAUAAAUAAAGUUAGUUUAGUUUAGGUUUCCUCCUGUAGUAACACUGGAUCAAUAAGAGAUGAUCCUCACUGGACCUCUAGGAAGAACAGUUUAGAACUGAUAGAGCUAUCCAGUAUAAAUAAAGUUAGUUUAGUUUAGGUUUCCUCCUGUAGUAACACUGGAUCAAUAAGAGAUGAUCCUUACUGGACCUCCAGGAAGAACAGUUUAGAACUGACAGAGCUAUCCAGUAUAAAUAAAGUUAGUUUAGUUUAGGUUUCCUUCUGUAGUAACACUGGAUCAAUAAGAGAUGAUCCUUACUGGACCUCUAGGAAGAACAGUUUAGAACUGAUAGAGCUAUCCAGUAUAAAUAAAGUUAGUUUAGUUUAGGUUUCCUCCUGUAGUAACACUGGAUCAAUAAGAGAUGAUCCUUACUGAACCUCUAGGAAGAACAGUUUAGAACUGAUAGAGCUAUCCAGUAUAAAUAAAGUUAGUUUAGUGUAGGUUUCCUCCUGUAGUAACACUGGAUCAAUAAGAGAUGAUCCUUACUGGACCUCUAGGAAGAACAGUUUAGAACUGAUAGAGCUAUCCAGUAUAAAUAAAGUUAGUUUAGUUUAGGUUUCCUCCUGUAGUAAUACUAGGUCAAUAAGAGAUGAUCCUUACUGAACCUCUAGGAAGAACAGUUUAGAACUGAUAGAGUUAUCCAAAGCUUCCUGUCUAUCUCUUGUAUCAUCAAAUCUGAAGGUCUUGUCCUACUAUAUUCUAGAAUGACAGCAAUCUAUCAACAUUUACUGGAAACAUUGAAAAAGACAGAUACAAAACACGACCUGGAAUGGUAUGCGAGUAUUUUUGGUACAGAUGCCAAGUUGGACGUGCCAGAAUACGAGGUAAAACAUUUUAAGAUAUAUUCAUUCUUUUCUUUUGCCAGAAUUAAAUAACAGAAUUUCUGGUGGUUCAUGUCUUGAACUCCUCUCCCCCCUGUUAAAAUUUUACGAUUACACCUUCUGACAUCACGUCUCAUACACAUACAAUCUCUUGUGUUUCUCAGGAAUACGAUCCCAGUACGAGCAAUCAAUCAAGCGCUGCUAAUGUACAAGACGACAAAGGAAAAGACGAGAACACUUCAGCCAAACAAAAUAAAAGCGGUGUUUGUACUACGCUGUAAAAAUGGCAAGCAACUUUACGAAAAUGGCGGGGGAAAUAUCUGACAAAAAAUAGUAGUAUAUAUAAAAAUGCACAUGUACAUUAUUUCAGUGUAUAUAUAAAAGGCGCAUGUACAGUACAUAAUUUCAUUUAUUUUAUUAUAUUGAAAUGUAAUCUCAGUUGUUAUUGAUAGGCAUGUUAUUCAAGCAAUAUAUAGGCACACGAUCCACAAUGCGGAAAUCUUAUUAAAACCGAACUUUAUUUAUACUGGAUAGUUCUAUCACUUCUAAACUGUUCUCCCCCAAGUUGUCGACAAGUUGUGUUCGCACUGCUUGUUCUCGGUAAUUGUUGCAACAAAUUUGGAACAAGCUGUUAACAACUUGUAACAAGCUUGAUGGCAUUAUCAGACUUGUUACAAGGUUGUUCUAACAGGUCUGAUACAGUCAUGAUAUAACAAGAAUUUUCAAGGUUGACCGCACAAGGUUGUAACAAUAUUGUUAUAUCAUGACUGUAUCGGACUUGUUGGAACAACCUUGCAACAAGUCUGAUAAUAUCAACAAGGUUGUUACAAGUUGUUAACAGCUUGUUCCGAACUUGUCGACAACUUGGGACAUUAGCAGUGCGAACACAACUUGUUGACGGCUUGUUGGCAGAUUUGGCUACGAUAUAUUUUUGCGGCAGCCGGCGGGAUCAAAUAAAUAAACUGGCCGAAUUUGUAAUCACAAUUGUUGAUCAUGCAGAGAUUGCCAAAACCACGACUUUAGGUUGAUAAAUUCCACUAUAACAUCAAUGCGUUGGUUUCAACCAGUAAUUAAAACCAAUUCAAAUGCAAUUUGUCAUUUGUUUAUAGACAGUCUUGUGUAUUGCGACCUGUGUGCCACCAGCGACCGUUAAAUAAACAGUUCAC